UGAUGUCCGCACCAUCAUGAACAAGAUAUUCUCGUACAGGAGCAAGCCUCGUGGUGUGUGCAGCGUGCUGGUUGCCAGCAAUGCUGCUCAGUCUGUGGUGAACAGCCCGGCUCUUAACGCCGCUCACGAACUCUACGGCGUGCUGCAUUUUGCUCACAAAUUCUCAAUUUCAGGCACCCUGGGCAUCCCGGGAUCUGGUGAAUUGUUCCGUGUGCCGCGAUACUGGAACAUCUCCAGCGAAGCUGGGGCUGCAACAAACGCAGAUCCAGAACAAAGCUCUGCUACACUUUCACCGGAGCCGAAGGCGCAGCUCAAAAAGUCGGUACUGGACCAGCUCCUGCAGUUUACUGGAGAAGCGCCCACGACGAAUGAACAGAAAUCACUGACAAUGGAGAAUACGCACGUGGAUCCUAAGCAAAAACAUGAGUCGCCAUCUCACGGAAGUCGGGCAUCUAGCGAGAUGCAGCAUGAAAAUUCACGUCAUGAUGUGGCGGUACUGAAGCGGCCAUUCUCAGCCAUAAAUGCAUACGAGGAGGAAGAAAAAACGAACGUGGAAUCUUCUAGAGAGAAGUGUGCGAGGUUGGAUGGUGGUGUCACCAAGAUGGUAUCUCGAGAAUCACACAAACUGAAUGAUAUCAGCAAAAAUAUAACUGCGACGCCGACCUCAAAUAAACUACAAUCACCACGCACGUCGAGAGAAACUAAAAGUUCGUCAAGUAGCACAGAUGUGCCGGUCUUUGAAAAUAAAAUUAGGGAUAAAUUUUCGUAUCGUGGCUAUGACGAACGGAAAGAAAGUCCGUCUGGCUAUUGGCGAGGGUCUGGCGUCGGACGGGGUGUCAGCGGUGGGCGUGGGUCGAGCGCUGGACGUGGAAUGCUGGAUAAAUUUUCCCGUCAACCCUUCGGGCACAAAGGUCAUCCUUGGGAUAGCGAAACGGAUAAUGUUAAAAACGUGCAGGAUUUUGAUGGUCGUAGUCAACUACCGAUGGGUCAUGAAGGAUUGCCGAAAUUUUCGAAAGACUAUGGGCAUGGAUUGAAGAAUCUCGGAAGAGAUUUUGAACAGGGAAGUAAGCGAAAAUUUGGGUUUGAAGAAGAUGCUCAACAAUUUAAUCGCGCUGGGUUACAGGAAUCCAGUCUUGAAAGAAACGAGUCAUUUAGUCGCAGAGGUCAUGAUCAAAACAACCAAUUUGAUCCUCGACCCGUCAGUUCAGCAACACGUGGCCGUGGAGACAGUAUGGACGUCGAUAUGAGGUCAUUAGGGGGUGAAGUGCCGCAACUGUGUAGUAAAAGAGACAAAAAUUUCCGCCAAUUUGGCCAUGAAAAGAUGCAGCACUUCAACAAUGAACAAGAUCGCCAACUGUCGAGCCGUGGAGGUCACAAACCGUUUAUCAACACUGAAUAUGAAUUACAGCAAUUUGGACGUGGCAGUCAAAAAGAGUCUUGCGACCGAGGACAAAAUUCUAGGCUGUUUGGCCGUGAAGGUGAGAGCCAUUUUGACAACAAAGUAAACGAUGUACCAGACGUUGAUCGUGGAGGUAAACGGCAGUUUGGAAACAGAGAACGAGAAACAUUUGGACGCGGCGGCCAUUGGAAAUUUGGUGGUGGAGGUAAACAACAGCUUGACAACAAGGAACGUGAUUUCCAACCGUUCGGCCGAGGAGAUCAGCGUCCAUUUGAUGAUAAAGAAAAAGAUUUUCAACCGUUCGGCCGUGGAGGUCAGCGCCCAUUUGGUGAUAGAGAACAAGAGUUGCAAUCGUUCGGCCGAGGAGGUCAGCGUCCAUUUGAUGAUAGAGAACAAGAGUUGCAACCGUUCGGCCGAGGAGGUCAGCGUCCAUUAGGUGAUAGAGAACAAGAGUUGCAACCGUUCGGCCGUGGAGGUCAGCGUCCAUUUGAUGAUAGAGAACAAGAGUUGCAACCGUUCGGCCGUGGAGGUCAGCGUCCAUUUGAUGAUAGAGAACAAGAGUUGCAACCGUUCGGCCGGGGAGAUCAGCGGUCGUUUGGUGAUAAAGAACAAGAUUUUCAACCGUUCGGCCGUGGAGGUCAGCGUCCGUUUGGUGAUAGAGAAAAAGAGUUGCAACCGUUCGGCCGUGGAGGUCAGUGUUCAUUUGGUGACAGAGAAGAAGAUUUACAACCGUUCGGUCGAGGAGGUCAGCGUUCGUUUGGUGAUAAAGAACAAGAUUUUCAACCGUUUGGCCGUGGAAGUCAGCGUCCGUUUGGUGAUGAAGAACAAGAUUUUCAGCCGUUCGGCCGUGGAGGUCAGCGUCCGUUUGGUGAUGAAGAUUUUCCACCGUUUUGCCGUGGAGGUAAAACACACUUUGAUGGCAGAGAACCUGAACUGCCUGCAUUUGGCCGUGGAGGUAAACAAUUUGGUGAAAAAAGACAAGAUUUGCCACCAUUUGGCCGUGGUGGUAAACAAUUUGGUUGCAGGGAUCAAGAUUUGCCGCAAUUCGGUAGGGGAGGUGAAACGCAAUUUGGCAACAGAGAACAAGAUGUUUCAUCUUUUGGCCGUGGAAGUAAUCAACGAUUUGGAAAGAAAGAACAAGACUGGCCUCCAUUCGGCCGCGAAGAUGAUCAGCUAUAUGAAAGCAGAGAACGAGGUUUGCCAUCAUUUGGCCGCGAAGGUAAUCAAACAGUCGAAAACAGAGAUCAAGAUUUGCGAUCAUUUGGCCGCGGAGGUAAUCAAACAGUUGGAAACAGAGAUAAAGAUUUGCCACCAUUUGGUCGCGAAGGUAAUCAAACAGUCGGAAACAGAGAUCAAGAUUUGCCACCAUUUGGUCGCGGAGGUAAUCAAACAGUCGGAAACAGAGAUCAAGAUUUGCCACCAUUUGGCCGCGGAGGUAAUCAAACAGUCGGAAACAGAGAUCAAGAUUUGCCACCAUUUGGUCGCGGAGGUAAUCAAACAGUUGGAAACAGAGAUCAAGAUUUGCCACCAUUUGGUCGCGGAGGUCAGCGGCUCCCCUGCAGCGGGUUUGACGGCAAAGAACAGAAUUUGGUAGCCAACGAAAGUCGAACUCUACGAGGUAUUGGAAAUGAAAUGCUUCCUUUUGGAGGCAAGAAUCAGAAGCCCGUCGGUGUUGAAACUGAUGUCCAACCAUUUAAUGGUGUGCGAAGAUUAGCUGAAGAUCAAAGCAAUGAUUCAUUUAGUUUUGGACCCGACCAACAGGUUGGUCCUAAAAGCUGGGCUGGUAAACCAUUAAGUCGUGGAGCCGGGGAGCAUCUAGUUCCUGACAACGGUGCAAUGGCCAAUAAUGACCAAAAUAAGCGGUUUAAAAAUGAUGAACCUGCGUUUGGUCUUCGAGGGUGGCAAGAGUUUGGUCAAAAUGAAGGUCAGCGACAGUUUCAUUACGAAAAUUAUGAUCAACCAAUGGGGCGAGGCGGUCAACUGAAGUAUGGCGAGGGGAAUGAAAUGCGACAUCGAAGUGGGGUGCAAGCGUCUGUCUUGAAGAAACCUGAAAUAUUCGGCCAUGAAAGCGAUACAAUGUUAGAUAAGAAUUCCGAAACCAACUCAGCGCAAGCCUUCGCGAAAAUUGAUCAGCAAAGCGGUAGUGCCCUUGUAAAGCAACAAUUUGGCCGAGAUUCUUCCCAAAGUCGCCUCACUGCAACAACAGUGAAUGCAACGCAAGAUCCUCAGCGUAUUGAAGAUAAGAGCCUGCAAGCUUUUGGAACUGUGGGUGAUAUUUCUGCUCAAGGGAGAUCGCUUUCAAGUUGUGUUGAUCGAUUUGAAACUAGCGGGACUGUUGAACACCAAUCUACAAUACAAGAACUCCUGGAAAGGGAACACGCGUCUCUGUGUGGAACUGAAGGUGGAACCAAUGCGCCACUCGAAGGUGGCACAAAUGGGAAGAAUAAUUAUGCUGCUGAAGUACAGAAGUUAGGCUCAAGUGACACCAAUGUAGCUUUGAAUGGCACAUUGGCUGAAUCGCAAAUUGAAUUGAAGCCUCUAAGCAAACAACAUAACAGGAAUGUUUCUGCACCAUCCUCGAACCCAACGUCAUCUGGUGAUCAUAACAUCGCGAGAAGACCACCACCAACAUGCGCACCGCCAGCUGUCCAGCAGCCUUUGUCUGCUGCACCCGAGUCUUUCUGGCCUUCAGCGGGUCCACCUCCACCCACUGGACCAGCAACGGGACUUGCUGCUUCGUUAAAUGCUUCGACAUCCAUAUCUAGUGACUUCAGUAUGGCAAGUGCUCUUCAAGCGCUUGAAACAUUCGCCCCGUAUUUAAGUCAUUUAUCAUCAGCUCUCGGCGCUCUUAUUGCAGUCACUCGCAACCGAGGUACAGAUACUCUUGAAGCCUGCAAAUUUCUUGUGCAUGAAGACCACGUUAAUCUUAUAAACUUGUGCUUGGCUGAUGUAGACUCUCAGUUAAAGUACAUACCUCCCGCACACAGAGGUAAAGUACGAGCUGACAUUCGUUUGGGCGAACGAUUGCUUGAACACGCGCGAGAAAGAGUAUUCAAAAGCACACAAAAAAGUGAUGUCGCAGCAUCCUCUCUCGAUACCUGGCCUCCAGCGAACAUGUCAGCUAAUGAUGCCCAGAGUUUCUCUGGCGGUCCUCGAAACCUGCCUACGGAAGGCCAUAAUAAUACUGAAGGCCCAAGGACCAGCACUGAUUCAAGAAUUCACAACGCAGUUCUCUCGGCUAUAAUGAAAUGAUCAAAAUGUUUAAGACGAAUUAAAUUUUGAUUGAAGUCAAGACCUCAGCUAAAUCAAUAAUUUGGAAUAGAGAUGCAAUCUAAUUGUAUUUUUAGGUCGGCUGAAAUAUUUUUCUAACAAGAAAUGUGAAAUCCUGCGAUGAGACUUGGCGUCUGUCGCCAACGUGAAGACAAUGAGGUUGCCGUAACUAUUUAAGGCUUUAGUUUAGAGACACCGAUAAUUCGCCAUGGAUAUCUGUAUUUGAGUGUAAUUGUUAUGUAGGUAGGAUUCCUUGCAAUUUUUUUCCGCCUCACGCUUGCAGGUGGCUAACAUAAUGUGCAAGCUUGUCCGAGAUUUCGGGUUUUUAUGCCUCAUUUUGAAUGAGCACAGCUUCAAAUUUGUGGCAAUGCGUGCCUGUUCUAAAUUCUUGCUUUCGAAGUUAGGAAUUCGAUUGAGUAAACGGAAAUAUUUUACUGUCAAUGCUUCGCUCGGAAGAUUUAUGAAAAAUAGUUAUUCUGUACGGUUCGACCUGUAAAUCUCAAGCUAGUUUGUUAUGCGCCAAUGAUGACAGCAGGAGUGCAUUAAUUUGUAUUAUAUGAGCCUUACAUAUAAUUAUGCCUAAAUA